GAACCUGCGACCCUUUCGCCAUUAUUGACGAAAUGCGCAGACCACAAACACAUUUCAUUCCUUACAAGCACAUCAUGCCAGGAUUGUCAGGAACCGCGUACCAAAAUAUGGACAACACGAACUCUAAAGAUGGGACUAGACGGACCAUCCAAGUCUGACCUCGGAUUUAACUUGCAACCUGUUCAACCGAAGCCCCUGAUAGGCAACAUUGUUCUGUCCCCCGAAUAAUGGGGCCGAAUAUAGCGGUCCAGCGGGGGGUUGAAUAUGGAGGCGCCUCCAAGCCACAAAAGCCCCGUCAACCACGAUGUCAUUUGUGCCUAAGUUUGUCCCACUGAUGCUUGAGGAAAGGCGCUGCCUACUGUGGCACUUUGGCUGGCUCCACUCCGCCGUCCAGCAACAUGGUUAUUUAAGACCUCUAAUUCACCUCCCCCCUGGAUAUUCGUUAUCCCAGACAUCUAUCCUCAUACCGAUUCACAAUGGGUCUCUUCUCACACCACCACCACCAUAACCCUCCCCCUCCUUCCGGUCCUCAAGGACCCCCUCCUCCACGCCCCGGUGAGCCUUGGAAUCACCCUCCUGGUCCUCCUGGUCCUCCGCCACCUGGCCCUCAUCACCCUCCGGGUCCUCCUCCCGGGCCUAGAGAUCCCUGGGACCGCCCCGGUCCCCCUGGGCCCCCUCCUCCUGGACCUCCUAGAGAUCCAUGGGAUCGCCCCGGUGGUCCUCCAGGCCCUCCUCCUCCGGGACCAAGAGACCCUUGGGAUCGCCCUGGUCCUCAUGGUCCUCCCCCGCCUGGCCCCAGGGAUCCCUGGGACCGUCCUGGUGGUCCUCCAGGCCCUCCUCCUGGACCUCCUAGAGACCCCUGGGAUCGUCCGGGAGGCCCUCCUGGCCCUCCACCUCCUAGGGAGCCCUGGGACCGCCCUGGUCCUCCCGGUCCUCCACCCCCUGGACCCCCUGGACCCCAUGGACCCCCUGAGUACCGCCGGUGGUAAACAACGAAUUUCGACAUUUUGGAAGUGAUUUGCUUUAUAUACCAACUAUUUGAGGUUUCUUGUACAUGAUUCCCAAUUUCAUUACAUUGUUAGCAUGUUUAUAUCAAUCAAAACAAGCCAAUACCAUCCAUAUAAACAAAUAUGCCUCUGGUAUACAAAUUCCACCCAUAAUAUGUAUCGACCUACUCCCAGUCUCCAUUC